AUGGCUGGCUGCCACUCGCCGUACGGAGCUUCGUCCAUGGCUGCCUUCCAUAGCUGUCACUCGCCAAAUGAAGCUUCCCUGGCUACCGAGGACCGCCUUGAUGCUGUCUUGGCCAACCUUGAUGCCGCUCAACGCCGCCUCGAAUCCUCACUGGAUGCCCUUCUCCUAAGACUGCCUCGGCGACCUGGCCAUCACUACCCUUCUUCCUCCUUACAAUCACCAUCGCCGCUGCCCCCGCCGUUUAAGCCAACUCCGUCACCCACGCUCACCGCACCCACGACCAUGCCAACUUCGCCGCUGCCCCCGCCGCUCGCGAUAGCUCCAUCCUCCUCUGCACAACCACCACCAACAACAGCACCCACGUCAGCUCCAUCCUCCGUCGCACAACCACCACCAACAACAGCACCCACGUCAGCUCCUCCUCCCUUGGCUGUUUCCCACCAUCCCAAACUCAAAAUAGUCGCACCCAUGGUUCCCCGCUUUCAUUCGAUCAACUGUCUCUUCUAG